AUGAUCGAUCUACUUGGGCCAAAGUCCAUCGCGAUGCUGUCUGACCAAUUGGAUGCACAGCGGUCGCCCACAUGGCAAGAAACGAGAUAUGCUGAUGAGGACUGCGCCGACACUGGAUACUCCAUCAAGGAUGCCUUUGAGUGUCCUGCUCAGCAUCUCGGAAUAAUCUAUGAUCAGCUUGGCAAGGCAUAUACGCAUAAGCAGCGAUCCAUCUGGGAAAUCCGUUCUUCGCGCGGCCACAAGGCUGCCCAUGUCGCCCACGGCUUAGAAUGUGUCAUUAAUCGCCAUGCUAUGCUGCGUAGUGUCUUUGUCCCUUCACUGGACAACCGUAUGGAACCCAUUCAGGUUGUUCUGAAAGAGAUUUACCGCGGCCGUUCAGAUUGUGAAGGCCUCCGACAUCAAAGCGGCUAUGGGCAGAUUUGGUGGCUCUUCGAGUUCAACAAAGCACUGAUCGACGCGGCAUCCAUGAUCAUUGUGCUGCAAGAAUUAGCCACAUUAUUGAAUUGUCACUCUUGCCCGCUGGACCUAGCUCCUUCCUACUCUAAAUAUGUUUCCUUUGUUGACGAGAUAAAACCGGAGCAAUGCCUGCGAUUCUGGCGGCGGGCCCUCCGAGGCAUAGUCCCUUGUCUAUUGAUAAAGUCCCCAAGUUCUCUGCUACGCUGUCCCUCCCCGGAACCCCGGGUUUGCACGGUUAGCAAAGAGUUAACCGCCUUAGACACAUUGGCGGCUCUUUUGAAAGCUUCAGGGUUCACAGCGACCAAUGCUUUCCAGACCGUCUGGGGAUUGGUUCUGGCCCGGUCCAUUGCUCCUACGGAUGUCUGUUAUGGAGGUCUCAAGUCAUGUCGCGAUGCUGCCGUCCCCGGCAUUCUUCAGAUGGUUGGCCCUCUCUUUAACAUCCUCCCAUGUCGCCUGCAGUUCAGGUCCAUUCAUCCAACCAUGUCCGAAUUGAGUGACAUCCUUUUGUCAAACCAGUCGGCGAUGGCGGAGCGCACCCACCACCAGCAUACGUCUUUACAGAGUAUCAUCGAGGCUACUGGGGUCGAUAAUCACCAGCUGUUCAACACAUGUCUGAUGUACAAGGUAGUCGCAACUGUGAUCCUUUCCCCUUCGCAUUGUGAGCUUCGCAUCCGUUAUUGGGAUGACUUUUUCUCUGAGCCUGAAGCGCUCGAUUUGCUUGACCGGUUCUGUGAUACUGCGACGGAGGUUUCGACGGCGGUGAGCUCUAUGGAACUAGGUACCAGGGAGACGCCUUUUGCAUAG